AUGACGGGUCAGACCGAUGUGGAUAUACCUGAAACAGGAGCCCUCUUCACAUUUGGAAAGAGCAGCUUUGCAAACAACGUGCCCAGUAUAUUCUGGGUGAAGAAUGACCAUCCAGUGCAUAUAUCCUGUGGCUCUGAGCAUACUGCUGUUAUCACAGGAAAUGGGAGGCUGCUCAUGUUUGGUGCUAAUACCUGGGGCCAACUCGGGCUGGGAUUCAAGCCAGCUGCCAGUAAACCUGCCUCUGUGAAAGCCUUAAAGUCCGAGAAGGUGAAGCUUGUAGCUUGUGGGAGAGAUCACACAAUUGUCUGCACAUGGCAAGGUAGUGUGUAUGGUGCUGGCAGAAACCAGGAGGGGCAGCUUGGUUUGGGCCACUGCAACAACACUACAUCCUUUCACCUGCUGCAUCCCUUCUGUGACCAUGCACCAAUCAGCAUGCUUUCUGCAGGGUGCAACACCUCCGCUGCCUUAACAGAGGAUGGGAGGCUGUUCAUGUGGGGAGACAACUCUGUGGGUCAGAUUGGUUUAGGGGACGAGGGAUUUGCAGCAGAACCCAGAGAGGUGAAUGUUGGAGAAGCGGUGAUAUGGGUCUCCUGUGGGUACCACCACUCAGCAUUUGUUACAGUGGAUGGAGAUCUCUACACGUUUGGUGAGAGUGCAAAUGGUCGGCUUGGUCUCCAGGCAGAGCAGUUUGCCAACCACAGAGUCCCUCAGCGGGUGCAAGGGAUUCUGGGUCGUGUCACCCAGGUGUCCUGUGGAGGGGAGCACACUGUGGCACUUACAGAGGAGAACGUGUACACAUUUGGCAGGGGUCAGUACGGUCAGCUGGGCCAUGGGACAUUUCUGUUUGAAGUUGAUUUGCCAAAACCGCUGGAGCACUUUUCUAACAGCAGCAUCAGAAACAUCAUCUGUGGAGAAAACCACACUGUUGUGAUCACAAACAGUGGGCUGCUCUACACGUUUGGUGAUGGUCGUCAUGGGAAACUGGGGUUAGGGGAGGAGAACUUCAUCAACCAGUUCAGCCCAACACUAAACACACGGUUUCUCAAGUACAAAGUUCAGUUAGUGUCCUGUGGAAGUAACCACAUGCUGGUCCUGGCUGAACCUAGACCACCAGAGAGCCCAGACGUGGUGCCAGAGAAGGAUAUCACAAUCAGUGACAACUUUUUGGAGUCAAGCCACACAGAAAUUCUCAACCUGUUCGACAGGUUGAUUGAUCCAACUGCACUUGUCCCACUCUCCGCCCUCGCUGCUCGAGCCCGGCACAGAGAAAAAGAAAGCUCUGUGGAGCUGUUUGGGGAGACGUUUCAGAACCUCCCACGUCUAAAUUCUGGCUUCCUCAACACCUCCUGGCAAAUGUCUAGAAAUAUCCUAACCCCCGAAACACUUUCAAAGGACAUUACUACCCCUUCAUCAUCUCCCAAACCCCUAUCAGAGAUAACACCAAGCCCACCGUUCUUGCCCAGAUCUCUGUGCAAAUCCCCUCAGAGUCCAUUUUUGUCCUCAAAGCCAUCGAGCCCACAUUCUCAAUCAUCAAACAAGUUUCAGAACAAAGCCUCCAGCUUUACCUCCUCUAAGUCUCAAUCCAAAGAGUUGCCCUCUUCUUUACUAUCGCCAAAAUCUAAAACUAAACGUAACGCAAACAUCCCAGUCUCCCCAAAAAAGACUGCGAAAAAUAGAUUACAACAUGUGGCAACUGCUGAAAAGGCCUUAAUUGAAAGAUUGUCAUCUCCUGUACCACCUAAAGAGCCCUGUAGCCCCACUAGACCCCCCACUUACUUUCCCAGUGAACAUCUCAGAGAGAACGAGCAUCCUGCCUCCGCAAAAACAGAGGGAGAAACUGUGCAGAGGCAGAUGAUCACCCAAGAUGUGGAGGAGAACAAAGUCGACUCUGACUUUUUGCCAAAUAAGGAACAGAAAAAGGGCCGAGCUCUUAGAAGAGCUAAAGAAGAGGCCAAGGCAUUUGCCGAACAGCUCCAGUCUAACGGGAAGACAGACCAGAAUUCUCACAAGGCCUUACCCACAGAGUUCCUGAAAGGGUCCAGGUCCUCAAAGAAAGAAGUGUCUGCAUCAAAGGGCACAAAGAAAAACCCAAAGAUCACAUCCAAAGGAAAAGAGAACAUUACCAAGCAGUCCAGUAAAAUCAUAACUCAAGAAGACAAACACGUUCAAAAGGAACUCUCCCAUUUUAAAUCACCAAAACAUGACAAGAGCAAACUAUCAGAGCUGAGCCCACAAACUCCACAAUCUGUUUGGAAGACACUGACCGGAGCACAACAGAGACUGACUGAAGUGAAGAAAAAAGACAGGAAAAAUAGAAAUUUGCAAGAAGGUAAUACAAAUCAAGAGGAUGUGAAAGACAGCUCUUUAAAUAAAGAUUUGAUAGGCACACCAAAAAGGGAGGAAACUAAAUCAUCAACCUUGAACAAGACAUCUCCUGUUUUUAAGGCCACGAAAGGAAAUGAAAUAACCAGCUUAUCUGUCCAAAGUGGAAGUUCUACAUCCGCAGAAAAUGCUGCAGAGGAAGACACCAAUCAUUCACAAAUCCAGGUUAAAAAAGCAGACGUUAAAUCGACUUCAACAAAAGAUCUGCACAAGGUUAAAUCUGCACCAGGAAAAGGUCAAACUAAAACGCUAAAUGUUAAAUCAUCACACGUGAAAAAAGAAAGCACACCUGUCAUACCGCCUGCUCAAGCUGAAACUACGAAAUCCCUAAGUGUGAUAUCUACACCUGUGAAAGUCAAAGGGAAGACACAACAGGUCAAAUCCACACCAGUCAAAGAUCAAAGUGAACAUACCCCAGUUAAAAGUAGAGGCAAAGGAAAAGGAGCAGACAUUGAGUUAAACACAGUUAAAAAAACGAGAGGUACACCUGCAGAUCAGCAGAAGUUACCUGAUGACAGUAAAAAAGUAAAGGACACAAAGAAAGCAAAGGAAUCUAAACUGAAGGCAAAGACAAAGCCAGUGGGAGAAGAAGGAGAGAUCAAAGUUAAAGGUGAAGCUGAUGCAGACACUAAAGAUAACACAAAAGCCAAGUCGUGGAGUAAUAAGACUGAAUCUCCACAGCAGGAUACACCUAUUGAAGUGCUGUGUAACCCAAUUUCCUCACAAAGCCCUCAGAGAACUGAAGUUUCCGUAAGAGGUGCCAAAUCCCUGCAAGGCUCUGAACCUGCUGAUACGCAUCUGCUUGUUUCUCAGAGAGACAAAGAGGAAACUCAGAGCGUGACUGAGGAAGAACCAAGGUGGGGGGAAAUACUGAGUAACGCAGCCUCUAUUCUUCCCGCUGUUGGGAUGGCAGGUGCAGCUUUGGGGGUUCUUAGUGAGGCAGUGACAAGUGUACAGGGUUUCCAGUCCGAAGGAGACACAACUAUCUCUACACCAUCCAAAACAUCCAGUCGAGCGAAGCAAUUCGCGAAGCAGAGUGCGAUUAUGCAGCCUUCUUUCUCCUCGACAUUGUCACGUCUGUCUUCAACAGAAUCAUCAAAUCCAUUAGAAGAAAACUCAGGGAAAGAUGCUCAAGUCAGUGUCCUAUCAGAGUCUGAGAAUGCAGUUCAAGAAGAAGAAAGUAAUGACACCACUCGUGAUCAGUCAGAACAGGAGGCGGCAAAAAGUGACAUGUCCGAGCAGGUCGAGGAUGAGGACAUUUCACAAACAGAGCACAGCGGCACAGACAUGGAAAUUUCACAGAAAGAACAUGAAGAAGAGGAGGAUGAAGAUGAGAAAAGCUCCAAGGUCUCCAGUCAAGAUGUGGGAGAAGAAACAGAUACUGAAGAUGAGGAGAAGGAGAGUGGAAGCGACGUGGAGGACAAAGAGGAAGAAGAGGAGGGAGCUGACAGUAGCAGUGACAAAGAGGAUGAAGAGGAGAGUGUUUCUGGAGAGGGUGAGGAAGAGCGAGAUAAUGAAUCAGAGGAGGAAGAAGGUGAAGAGAAAACAAGCUCCAGCAGUGAGGAGGAUGAUGAAGGAAGUGAGAAGAGCGAUGCUACAGAAUCUGAAGGGGGAAAAGAAGAGGAAGAAGAAAGCAGUGAGGAGACAGGUGAAGGAGGGAGUGACUCUGAAGCAGCAGAGGAAGAGGAAGAGGGAAGUAAAAGUGAAGAGUCCAGUGAAGAAGAGAGUAAAGAGGAAGAGGAUGAAAGUGAGGCGAGUGAAGAUGAAGAGGAUGAAAGUGGUGAAGAGUCGGGGAGUGCAGCUAGCAGCAAGAGCGAAGAGUCGGAAGCAGAGGAGGAGGACAGAGAGGGAAGUGACUCUGCAGAGUCUGCAAAAAGUGAAGAAGAGGAAGACAAAGAAGAAGAAGAAGAAAAUGAGGUUGACGAAGAGGAAGAGGGUGAAACUGAGGAUCAAAAAGAUGAUCAAGAUUCUACUGAAAGUGAGGAGGAUGAGGAGAAAGACUCAGAUGAAGAUGAAGAAACAAAUGAGAGUGAGGGAGAGGAAGAUGAUGAUGAUAAACAGGAUGAAACAAGUGUUGAGAAUGAGGAAGAGGAGACGUUAGGUGAGGGGGAAAGUGAGAAAGAUACAGAGGCAAAGGAUGAUGAGGAUGAGGGGCAAGCUGAUGAAGACACUGCAGAGGAGGAAGAAAAUGAGGGUGAGGAGGAAGAUGAGGAGGAGGAGGAUGAGACGGUAGAGGAGGAAGAAAAUGAGGGUGAGGAGGAGGAGGAUGAGACAGUAGAGGAGGAAGAAAAUGAGGGUGAGGAGGAGGAAGAUGAGACUGCAGAGGAGGAAGAAAAUGAGGGUGAGGAGGAGGAAGAUGAGACUGCAGAGGAGGAAGAAAAUGAGGGUGAAGAGGAGGAAGGAGAGGAGGAGGAAGAUGAGAUCGCAGGGGAGGAAGAAAAUGAGGGUGAGGAGGAGGAAGAUGAGACUGCAGAGGAGGAAGAAAAUGAGGGUGAGGAGGAGGAAGAUGAGAUCGCAGGGGAGGAAGAAAUAGAGGGUGAGGAGGAGGAAUAUGAGAUCGCGGAGGAGGAAGAAAAUGAGGGUGAAGAGGAGGAAGAUGAGAUCGCGGAGGAGGAAGAAAAUGAGGGUGAGGAGGAGGAGGAAGAUGAGAUCGCAGAGGAGGAAGAAAAUGAGGGUGAGGAGGAGGAGGGAAAAGAGGAGGUUACAGGGGUAGAAGAAGAGGAGGGUGAAGAAGAGGGUGAGGAAGAAGUUGCAGAGGAGGAAGAAGGUGAGUCGGAAGCGAGUGCAGGUGAGGAGAAAAGUAUGGAAGCUAAUGAGAAGACCGUGGUAGAGACUGAAGAGGAGGAAGGGGAUGAGGAAGAAGAGGAGGAGGAUGAAACAAAGAUUACACCGAAAACAGAGACAAGACUCAAAAAUCAGAGAGAAGAGAGAACACUGGAACAAACUCAAGAAAAGAAACGUUUUGAUUCUGAGGAAAAUGAAGAUGAGGGUGAGGAAGAGAGUAAUGAAGCGGGAGAGGAGGCGGGUGAGGAGGAAGAAGAGGAAGCAGAGGACGAUACAAAAGUGGAGGAUGAAGAGGAGGAAGAUGAAGAAGGAGCGGAGGAAGAGGAGGAAGGAGAGGAGGAGGAAGAAAAAGAAGAAGCGGAGGAAGAGGAGGAGGAAGAAGAAGAAGAAGAAGAGGGAGAUGAAGAGGAAGAAGAGGAAGAAGAGGAAAAAGUAAAAUCAACAAAAACAAAGAAAGAGGACGCACAGAAACUGCCUCCUAAAGCUGCUCCCCCAGACACAAAAGAGAGACAGCAGAGAGAAACACCCAAACCAGCACCGAGGACGAAGCAGAGAGCUGCAGGGGAGAAGAAACCAGAUGAGUCCCAGCAGUUCUGGAACAAUGUACUGCCACAGUAUCUGGACCUGCAGUGACGUUACCGCACAUUGUGUAAUUGAAAGGACAAACUGUCUCAUUGUCUCAAGAAAGAGCUGCACACUGAGUCAGACUCAAAGUGUCAGCUAUGUUUCAGUACAUUUUUCUUAUUGUCAACAAAAUGCAUCGGUCUAUCUCUCCAUACAUUAUGACGUCAUUUUUUAACUUAUCAUUAUGAAGUAAAUGUUGACUGCGCUACAUAAUGGGAGAGGGGGUUAAGUGAGUGACUUUAUACCAUUAAAUCCAUUAAAUCAGUAAGUAACAAACCCUGCCUACAACUGGGUGUUUUACUCUGCCUCUAUCAUAGCCCAAAGAUUGGGGAUCCAGAUCAAAUUGGGAUUUUUUUACAGUUGUUUUUUGCCUUGGACAGUGGUCUGACAGCAGUAGUGAUGUUGCAAUCUGGUCUUUGCAGCCAAGCCUCCUUGGGGGGGAGCAGAAAUACUUGGAAACCACUUUGAAAAAAAAAGGCCUCCCUGCUUGGUGCUGUAUUAUUCAAACUACAGACUAUUUUCGGAGAUGUUCAAUUGUGGAUGAAUAGGCAUUUGGGUUCUAUUAAGUAUUUACAGCAGCAGAGAGAUGUAUGUGGGACUGACUUAAACUUGCAAUAACUAGAUUUUCUUUUGGCCAUUUCAGCAGCAGUGGAAAGUUGUGAGCACAACAUUGACAUCAACAUCUUUUAACUGGAUUUGGUGAACUCAGCAAACAGUUGCGUAUUUAUUUACACAUCCUUUAUCACUUUAUAUUUGGCGUCAUGUUUGUGGCCACCUGGCAUGUAAAUCGUGCUCCUUUUAGCUCUGUUUUUGAUCUCCAGCAACUCCUGAGGGAAAUAUGUGGCUCUUUAGCUGCUAAAUGCUUCGCUAUGUUCACCAGUUAUUCACUAACUGUGUCCAUCAGCUCUUGAGGACGACGCUAAGAGACCAGCAAGAGUGAACGAAAACAAUGAGCUGAAACUUGCUAUGAAGCUCCGUAAAGCUAAUUGAUAAUCCUCUGUAGAGUCGUCAUGACGAGUGACCUGUUUCAAAUUAUCUCAUUGUUUUCACACUGUCAUUUUAUACAGAGACUGCAGAGUUCUGGUAGACUCACCUCAUUCUAACUCCAUACCUGCAAUUUAUUUAUUUAUUUUUUCCAAAUUUGAACUUGCAUCCUCAGCCGACAUCAGACUUCACACAACUCCCGCUGGAGACACAAUACAACUUGAUUUUCAUAUAUGUAGCAGUAAUCCCACAGACCUGUAAACAGACUUUGAUGUGUAAAAUCAGCACAGUUCCCCUUCAACAGACAACAACGGAGCUCCGUGGCACAGAGAAAUAGGCCACAUCAGGCAUUGGCUAUGUAGGCAGUACUUGUGUUUGUUGACAGUAAGAAAAAUACAGAAUAUCACAAAACAUCCUAAAAUAUAAAUAUGUACAGUAUAUCA